GCCAGGUACGUGACAGCACUCGUGUCUUCAUACGCGAAACGGGACCUUGGGUCGCCACUUGGUGGCGAUUCGAUUCAGUUGCUCUUUCGUCUCGUCCGCCCUGGCCUGCUGGGCCAUCGUCGUCUUCAGGUACCUCGGCUCACGUCGCGGCGGUGGCAGCAUGAAGGCGGCCGGCGCACCACCUCCAUUGGGCUGCCCCUGACCCUGACCCUGCUGCUGCUGGAAAGCCCCCAUCACAGCAUCGCCGCCCUGUCCCUGCCCUCCAUUGCCUCUCUUGGGCGUCUCAAUGGAGGGCAGGGAGAGGUUGGCGGUCCAACGCUCAAUCAGCCACUCUAUCUCCUCUUCAAGUGUCAGGGUGGGAACUGGUGGCGCUUGGCGCUGGGGGCGUGGGAAGCAGCCGACGGGAGGCGGGAUGGAGAAGCCGUCCGGGUUGGGGCCGAACCCCGUCAGCACGACGGGUGGCGGGGAGUAGCCGGGUGUGGGUGAAGGCCACUCGAGGGGCUCGAAGGGGUUGUCUUCCUCUUCCUCAUCAUCACUCGAUUCCUCAUCAAAUCCCGACCACCGUGGCGGCGUCGGCGCGCGAGGCCGGGCCGGCGGCGGCAGCGGAGCCAAAUCUGAGGAUUGCAAGCAGACGAGACGAAGCCACACGGAUCCAGUGACUUGUUAGUCAGCAUAUGCAUGCAUGCAUAUGACCCGUCGUGCUGCCUUCCUUUCCUCACCUUCCGAGUUGAUGAGGGACCUCUCUGCCUCUCUCCCUUCCCCGCCAAGCUCCCCUUGCACUGCCCUCGUCCCCGCGUUGCUGAAGAACCGCUCGAAAUCCAUAUCGGCGGCAGCCGGUAUCAGAACCAAUCGGAAAGACAGAAAUUAAAGCUGUUCGGUUGUGGAUUCAACAACGACGACAAUGCAACGUCUGCUGCUCUCGAUUUGCAC